AACUAUAUCGAGGGCAUUCCUCUGGUCCGCUAAUUUUGUCAUCAAAGAAUGCAAGAAGAUUAGUCUGGCAGCCGUUAUUAAACACAGAAAAAUGCAAGCAGCCUCCAGUCCUUCCUGUCGGUUCCACUGAGUGUCGUGGGUUAAACUUGAGCAGAUUUAUUCCCCGAUCUUGACGUUAUUUACCCCAAACCGGGAAAAGCCAGCCUGAUCCCCUUAACAACGACGGAAAUCAGAAGAGAUGGAAAUCGAUUCCGCUCCAGGCUUUACUUUCAGCAGGGCAAAAAUGUAGUUUCGGUUCUCUCAAGUUCACUGGAUCGCCUAAGUUUCGUUUUUCCUCCCCUCUCCUGCUUUCUUUCUGACCAGGCGGGUGACCGUGUGGAGCAACAGAUCCUCUCCUCCCGCUCUUCGCCUUCUGAAAUUUAAGGAUCGUCAUUCCUUUAAGAAAAGGAGAUUCCGUGGGUUUUUCCCCCUUCCAAGCCUGAUAAUAAAACUGCAAUUAUGAGUCUCACCUCCCAGGAAGGUUUAAAGGAGACUCUCCAACAACUUGAAUGCCAUUUUACGUGGGAGUUGCAGAAAGAGCAUAUUGAUCCCGAAGAAUUGGAGGAAAGAAUUGCCGAGCAGAUCCGGUUCUUAAUCAAUAAAUCCAAAGUUAGAAAUUACAACCUUCUUGCCUAUGUGAAGUUCCUGAACGACAAGAAGGACGAAGCACUGGAAAACUUGCAGAAAGCUGAAGAGACGGUGCCCGUAGAAUACCCUGAGGAUGUUGAAAAGGGAAGCCUGGUGACCUGGGGCAGCUAUGCCUGGCUGCACUACCACAUGGGCAAUCUUACUGAAUCCCAAGCCUAUGUGGAGAAGGUAGAAAGCAUCUGCAAGCAAUUUGGAAGUGAGUCUCCUUAUAAGAUGGAGCUCCCACAGAUCGACUGUGAGAAGGGUUGGGCUCUCCUAAAAUUCGGAGCCAGGUAUUAUGAAAAGGCCAAGGAGAGCUUUGAAAAAGCCCUGGGAAAAGAACCCAAAAACCCAGAAUUUAACGCAGGCUAUGCAAUCACGGUGUACCGCUUGGAAGAUUAUUAUGCCAAAAAAUGUUCAGGAAAAGCCUCUUCGCUGGGACCUUUGAGGCUUGCGGUAAAACUGAAUCCCAACGACGUAUUUGUGACUCCUCUCCUUGCAUUGAAGUUACAGGAAACGAACAGAGGGAAGGAAGGAGAAAGAUACAUCGAGGAAGUGCUUGGGAAACAUCCCGACGUUCCUUAUGUGUUAAGGUACGCCGCCAAAUUUUACAGGAAGAAAGGAGACCUAGAGACAUCACUGCAACAUUUGAAGAAAGCAUUAAGCUUGACCCCGAACUCUGGAUUCUUGCACCAUCAGAUUGGGGUUUGCUACAGGGCACAGUACUUCGCACUGAAAAAAAAGGGGGCCAAGGACCAAUUCCAGUCUGUGCAAAAGCAGUACGAGCUGAUGAAACUUUGCAUUUCUCAUUUCCGGAAAGUGGUGGAGCGUAAAACCAAGUUUAUCUACGCUUAUAUUGACCUUGCUAACAUGUACGCCGAAAAAGGAGAGAUACUGGAAGCAGAUAAGACCUUUCGGAAAGUGUUUGCCAUCAGCAACCUAACCGCUACAGAGAAGCAACAGCUGCACUUUAAUUAUGGAUGUUUUCUGGAACGUUAUAGGAAGUCAGAAAGGGAUGCUAUGAAACAGUACCUGGCUGGGCUGAAAAUUGAAAACCAUUCAUUUGAACAAAAGAACUGUGAAAGGAGCUUGAAGCAAUUGAUAGAUAAGACAGCUAAGAAAGGUCAGAAAUGCGUUGAGGUAUUCGAAAGCAAAGGAUUCAUCGCCGAACGCGAUGGAUUUAAAGAAAAAGCCAUCGAAGCCUACGAAUCAGCCCUGAAAAUGGAUCCUGGGAAUGAAGAAUGUCUGAGUGCAAUUAUGAACUUGAAGCUUUCCUUGAAAAGCUAAAUGUUUGGUGUGUUUGGAAAGCAAAUGGUUUCCAAAUAUUUCCUGCCGGGGUCAAAGCCCUAAACUUAGCAGUUGCCCCAAGCUAGAGUACUUAUAUCUCUGCUGUGUGUGUGAGUGUGUGUGUAUUUGAAAAGAAUAUUAGCUUCUAAUAAGGCCUUCUUAGAACAAGUCAAAACAUUGAACUGAAC